AUGGGCAAACAAGGACCCUCUAGAGAGCCUACGCCUGCUGACACGACAGUUCCCUGGGAUACCUACAUGGCCCAAUCAACAACAAGGCGUCCAUGCACCGCAUUGCCCCCAGGCGAGCGUUCAACGCUGUUUGGACAUCCUUCCUCGCCGUCAAGGCCGCCGGAAGGAGGGCAACCGCUUAUAAGCGGAGCCCUCCAACCAGACGGCCUUGGGCGCGCAGUCACCAAGGUAAAGACAACCCGACUUCUUUCCGAAUACGAGACCUCAAGACCCUGCUAUAACAGCGCACUGCCAAGGAACACGGGCAAUACAAGCAUUGACAAGAACCUGCUGUGCGCGGUGCAACAGAUGGUGACAAUGGUGGUCACCCAAGCACUGGAGAUAACUGGAGUCACAGCGGCGAUAACACCAACGGUGACAGUGCUGUAUACGUCUGUCCCAAAUCCACCUCGCUUUACCGUGCCAUAUCAAAACCAAGCGCGUACAACUCUCCACUUCCAGCAGCCCCAGUUAUAG